AUGUGGUUAUUAGAUCGUUCCGAAGGUGAAGCACCAUAUCCAGUGCCAUAUAAUAAAUUGAAAUUAAUUAUGUCUAAUAUGGAACCAAUUCGAAGUUCAACAACGAGAAGAAAUAAUUCUUUAACUCAAACAUUUAGUUUAUCUAAAAGUACUUCAAAUUCUUCAAAUACUUCUUCAUCCGAUAAUACUAAACAAUUAAAACAGGAUGAAAUUAGUCCAGGACAAUUACCAAAUGUAUUAACUACUAAACAACACUAUUCAAAUGAUAAACAAAUGAAUCCACUUAACAAUCCAUUACUUCAUUUAUUAGCAUUAAAAAAUUCGAAUCAAAUUAAAAGAAAUCAACUGUCACAUUAUGAACAUGAUGAAAUGAAUAAACUAUUAAAUCAAUUAAAACAAAUUCGUCAAUAUUCUAAUAAUAAUAAUAAUAAUAAUAAUAAUAAUAAUAAUAAUAAUAAUAAUAAUAAUAAUAUUCAUUCACCUAGUCUUGAAUGGUUAGCCAAUCUUUCUGGUAGUCCAUUACCACAAUCGAAUUUAAAUCAAUUAAAAAAUGUUAAACAUUGUAAAUCUAAUAUGAAUUUUGUAAAUUCACCUAUUAAUAAAUUGAAAAUUGAAUCAUCUACAUCAAUAGAUGAUAAAUUAAGACAAUCAAUAAAACAAGAUCAUUCAAAUAAAUCAAAUCAUUCUACACAUGAAAAUGAUAGUUCGAAAAUUUCGAUGUUACGUCAAGUGGAACUUGUUCACUCAGAUGACAGUGAAGCGACAACAAUUGAUGAUGAGACUUAUGAAGAUGAUUUUACUGGUGAACAAACUAAUUAAAAUAAGUAUUUAAGGGUGAAUACUUUUCAAUAAAAUGAUCAAGUUUGGUUGAGUGUUUCCAUGUAUGAUAAUAUGAUUUUGAUGAAUAUCAUGAUGAUAUGUUUAUUACAAAAGAUGUUUUCUUUUGAAGAUUUCUGUGAUUUCACGUACAAAAAAUCAUAAAAUUAAUUAUAAUUUAUAUAUUUCUGUUAUGUUUUAUUUUCAUUUCGUUCCAG